AUGGUGCUCAGUAUAUCAUCUAGACGCCUGAUGAAAGAGCUCAAGGAGAUUGAGACAAAGGGGACACCGCCAGGGAUACAGCUCCUCAAGGCAGAUGAUAUGGAGACUUGGAUCUUCCUCAUUUCUGUCCUGGGUGACGAGACCGUCUAUAAAGGCGAAACCUUUGCUCUCAAGCUGAAGUUUGAACCUGGUUAUCCGAUAGACUAUCCACAGGUCACAUUCCUUUCGGAUGACCAAUAUCAACCUCCUCUACAUCCUCAUGUCUACUCUAAUGGCCAUAUUUGCGCUUCAAUACUGGGUUCAGAAUGGUCGCCAGUGCUCACUGCUCUCUCUAUCUGUAUAACGAUCCAAUCCAUGCUCGCUUCAUGUAAGAAGAAAGAGAGACCGCCAGGGAAUGACAGAUACGUUCGCUCCGCUCCCCUCAAUCCCAAGCUUACUCGUUGGGCCUAUGAGGACGAUACCGUCUGA